AUGGCGAAGGGCCCUGCAGUUGUAGUCAUCGCCAGACAUGGCGCACGCCUCGAUGCUGCUGACAAGUCAUGGCAUCUUACUUCUCCGACUCCUUACGACCCACCCCUCACAUAUGGCGGCUGGUCCCAGGCAAAGGCUCUCGGUCAGCGAAUAGCCGCACUGCUGCACGAUAGGGACAUCCAACAGCAAAAGGCGGAAGAAGCCAAGAGUGCUACAGACAGCGACCCCGCACAUGUCGACUUGAGCAAGUUGAGCAUCGGAAAGGAUGGAAGUGACGGACUACAUCGGCCCAAGAAGAAGAAGCGCAAGAUUAUCAUACAUUCAAGCCCCUUCUUGAGAUGUGUACAGACCAGCACAGCCGUGGCAGCGGGCAUCUCGCAGUAUCAGAAUCCGACUACUCCGCAGCUGGGAAUACCUACACCAUCCAAGGCGAAUGGUGAACCGAAAGCACCGCGCGCCAAAGCCUCAUCAUCGCAACCCCGGACCUUUGAACGCCUCGCCGACCCCAAUCUCGACAUAUUGCCACGGCCAAACACGGGCCCUGAGAGGGUAUUACUGCGUAUCGAUGCUUUCCUGGGAGAAUGGCUGUCGCCCGAGUACUAUGCCGACAUCACAGCACCUCCCAAUUCGACCAUGAUGGUAGCUGGCGCCAAAGCAGACCUGCUACGGAGAGGCGACUACAUCCAGGAACAGCCCAAUGCGAACAGUAGCAAGGGCCACUUUCCGGGCGGUUGGAUGGGAAACAAAGCAGCUGUCAACAACACGGGGACUGCUAACAAGACAGCGUCCUCAGCUAGAGGCAGUCUGGCUCAAAUUGCCGCCUUUCGCGAACGCUCGAGCAGCUACACUGGUCCGCUUGAUCUGGAGAGAACGCGCUCGAAAGAACCAGUCGCACCCCUCGCCACGCCCAUAGCAACACCGGUUCCCACCACCGUGCCCAAACGCGUUUACGAACCUCCGAACCCCUCGUACUCGGUCUCUCCAGCCGACCCGAUACCGCGUGGUUACGUCGCGCACGCACAAGAUGCCUGUGUCAAGGUCGACUUCCAAUGGGAUAGCAUGCGUCCACCACAAAACUGGGGCGAUGGCGGCGAGUACGGCGACGAAUGGAGCACCAUGCACAAGCGCUUUAGGAGAGGCUUGGCUGGUAUGAUGGACUGGUAUAGGACAUACGGUACAGCACCGCCCAAGGAAAGCUUCCCAGGCUUCAUGUUCAAGGAACCACUACGUCUCACACCACCCAUCUCGCACGCCAAAUCAGAUCCCUUUCCUGCCUUUGGCGAAGACCCAGCAGUGGAAGAGGAGGAGGAACUAGUACUCAUCUUGGUCACUCAUGGCGCAGGCUGUAAUGCUCUACUAGGCGCCAUCACCAACCAACCCGUCCUCAUGGACAUUGGCCUCGCCUCCCUAUCCAUGGCAGUCCGUCGCGACGUACCGAGAAAAACCUCAACCCCAGCCACAGUCCUCGAGCGUCGACGCUCCGUCGCAGACCCAGGCAUGUCAGACACCUACGACGUCAAACUCUCAGCUUCGAUCGACCAUCUCCGUCCUGGCGUCGAUCCUUCAAAGCCGCUGUCCGCAAAAACACCUUCCUCCGCUUCCCCGGUUGUUACCUCCAGCCCAUCGCUAGAGUACCGCCGCCGUUUCACCGGAUCGUCAUCUACAAAUAGUACCCUCGACCUCAAUGAGCAGUGCAAGACGCACGAUGAGUUCGGGUUCCAACUCGCGCUAUAUGCAUGGCCACGGCGCUUCUACUACUGGUACUGCGUCGCCUGCUGGGGGGUUGUGGUCGGGGACUAG